ACUACGUAAGAACCCGUGGAUUAACCCACAAUGCACUGUGGCGUCCAAAUUCCACGCUCGUGGGGGUGGGGGGUGUAAUGACUGCUGCGAGGCUGACGGUGGGCCUGGGCUGCUUCUAUAGGGCUGCAAUAAAGCCUUCCAGGUGCCGGUGGAAAGCUAUGGAGCAAAGGACUUCAGAUGUCCCGGGGACAGUCGGAGGAGUCCGUUCCAUGUAUAGAUCCACAGAGGUCCAAGAAGGGGUGCAGGUGGUGGACCUGCGCAGUGACACGGUGACGCAGCCCUGCGCCGAGAUGCGAAAAGCUAUGGCGGAGGCCAAGGUGGGGGACGACGUUUAUGGAGAAGACCCCACCGUGAAUGAGAUCCAGCGUCGGGCUGCCCAGAUACUUGGAACGGAAGAUGCUCUUUUUGUGACUUCUGGGACUAUGGGGAACCUGAUCUCAGUGAUGUGCCACUGCCGGACCAGAGGAGCCGAGAUCAUCGUAGGAGACGAAUCGCACAUGUACAUAUAUGAGCAAGGAGGUGCCGCGCAGAUCGCUGGAGUGUUUGUCCGUCCAGUGAGGACCCUCAGCGACGGGCGCCUCGACCUGAAAGAUCUGGAGAGUAAGAUCCAGCACGGGUUCCCCGAUCCUCACUACGCGGAGACACGUCUUAUCUGCUUGGAGAACAGCCAUAAUCGCAUGGGCGGGCGCGUCUUGCCCGUGUCCUACAUGGAGGAGGUCCGGAGACUUGCUGACCGGUACGGGCUUAAGGUUCACCUGGAUGGCGCUCGGCUACUAAACGCUACCCAGUCGCUGCGUGCGGAUCCAGCAGAGAUUGUUCGGUUCUGCGACUCGGUGUCCCUCUGUCUGUCCAAAGGUCUUGGUGCUCCUGUCGGUUCUCUUCUUGGAGGGACGGCACAGUUUGUGGCAGAUGCUCGGCGUGUGAGGAAGCUGCUUGGUGGGGGCAUGCGCCAGGCGGGUGUGCUAGCCGCUGCUGGCUUGGUUGCUCUUAAUCGGGCUCAGGAGAACGUGACAUUGGAUCACCAAAAUGCUAAAAUGUUCGCCAAGGGUGUACAAGAAAUAGGUUCCCCGCUUUGUACCUCGGACCCGGCGGCUGUGGAGACCAACAUUGUUUUACUGACCAUGAAUGAGAAGCUGCUUCCCGCUCAAGACUUGUGCGAGCAGCUGAGCGCGGUGAGCCCCGCAGAGAUAGCAAGCGGACAAGGAGUGAGCGUGCGCGCACUGUCCUUCUCACCCAGCUGCGUGAGGAUGGUUUGGCAUCGGGACAUCUCCGAGCUAAACACGCGGCAGGCCCUGGAAAAACUCAAGCAGGUCCUUCGACGAAACGCCGGGGUGCAGAGCUAAACGAGCACAGUGACCUCAACACAAAGGUCGUCCAAGGUCACCCAUCAAAGUAUAACCCACUGAUUUCCAAGCCACCUUCUGAUUUAUGUAAAUCAGUUAUAUUAAAGAACUGACUGUUGGGGCAGGAAGAUGCGAGGAUCUGUAACUAAAUUAUAGCAGAAUGGCUUCAAAUAAAAAACAUUGAAUAUUUGAA